AUGUCAGAAGACGAUUUAGAUAUGGAUAUUGAUUUGGAGGAUGCAAAUAUAAAAUUAUUAUUUGAAACUUCUCUUGAUCCCAUAAUUCCUUACGAGAGAGGAAAUUCUACUGAUAGAAGUGCCAUCAAAGGUCGUCAGAAUUUGGAUGCUCCGGUACGUUUUACCACUUCACAAACCUCUGCUGCUGCUGCCGCUUCUUCGAAGGCCACCGCCAUCGCUCCUCCACAGAUCGCUGCUCCUCCGAAGACCACCGCUCCUCAGCAGAUUACCGCUUCUCCUCAGGCCGUCGCCGCCGCUGCUCCUUCGCAGAUCGUGACUCCUCCACAAAUCGCCGCUUCUCCGCAGAUUGCCACUCGUCCGCAGAUUGCCGCUCGUCCGCAAAUCACCGCUCCUUCGCAGACCGUCACUCCUCCGCAAGUCGCCAAUAUUACAUUGUGA